AUUUAUCAAACGGUCACUUUAGAAUCCUGUGCCGCCUUUUCUGACAGAACGCCGGUUUUAAAGAAGUUCGUGUAAAAUAAAAAGUUAAUCAGAACCAGAACAACUAUGUCCAUAGCCAACUUCAGCUUUGUCAACAUGGCGGCCCAGCUUAACGAGGAGCAGGGCAUUACAUUCCAGGACAAGGCCCGCACCUGGGACACCGCGGUUGACGCCCAGGAAGUGGUGGACUCGCUCAACAAGCAGUCGACGGUGCACUACCUCAACCUCGAUGGCAAUACGCUCGGCGUGGAGGCUGCCCAGGCCAUUGGCGAGGCGUUGAAGCGCCACCCGGAAUUCCGAAAGGCGCUGUGGAAGAAUCUGUUCACGCGCCGCCUCAAGACCGAGAUACCAGUGGCGCUGCAGCAUCUGGGUGCGGGGCUAAUUGCGGCUGGGGCCAAGCUGACGGUUCUCGAUCUCAGUGACAAUGCCCUGGGACCAAACGGAAUGCGCGGCCUGGAGGAAUUCCUGCGCUCGCCCGUCUGCUACUCCCUGCAGGAGUUGCUGCUCUACAACUGUGGACUCGGCCAGGGCGGCACCAUGCUGUCCAAAGCUCUCAUCGACCUGCAUGCCAACGCCAAGAAGGCGGGAUCGCCACUCCAGCUGCGCGUCUUCGUUGGCGGGCGCAAUCGUUUGGAGAAUGUGGGCGCUAAGGCUCUUGCCAACGCUUUCAAGACGCUACAGACAUUCGAGGAGAUUGUGCUAAUGCAGAAUUCAAUAUACUAUGAAGGUGUCCAAGCGCUGGCUGAAUCCUUCAAGGAGAACCCGCACCUCCGAGUUCUGAACAUGAAUGACAAUACCCUGAGGGCCGAAGGUGCCGGCCUAAUAGCUGAUAUCCUGCCUUCCCUUCCCAUGCUUCGGGAACUAAACUUCGGUGACUGCCUGAUCCGUACCAAUGGCGCCUAUCAUUUUGGCGAGGCUUUGGAGAACUCAAACGACAAACUGGAGGUGGUCGAUUUGAGUUUCAACGAAAUAAACAGCGAUGGCGGCCUGGUCCUAGUGGCGGCCAUGCAAAACAAGCCAAAGCUUCGCGUAUUCAACAUCGAUGGCAAUUGCUUUGGCCAGGAGGGCUGCGAACAGAUCAAAGCUGAAAUGGCCAAGCUAGAAAAUGCCGCUGCCUUGCAACCAUUCGAGGAAGAUGCUUCUGAGGACGAAGAUGGAGCAGAUGAGUCUGAAGAUCAAAAUGGUGAUGAUGAUGGUGAUCAGGAUGAUGAGGAGUACGAUGAGGAUGAGGGCGAGGAGUACGACGAGCAUGAGCACGCUAACGAUACCACGGAGGAGGCCGACGAGGAAGACGAGGAAUAUGCUAAUCUGGCCGAAGAGACUGCCUAUGUCACUACCAAUCCCUACGCGACAAAGCUUUUCAACGAAACAACCAACUCGGUGACCAGCGAUACCUUUUCCGUGGCCAACAAAACGAUUAACACUAUUAUUACCCCCGAGAAGUUUUGCCUCAGCCAAAAGCCAUGCUCCCUGGACGAAUUCAACUCUUUGGACUCUGACAAUAAGUUACAGGAUCUGCAGGGAAUCUUAAAUCAAUUCAAUGAUGAUAACCAUCUUCUGCUGCUCGUCUUCACCACUCUGAAGUGUGCACAUCUGUCACAGUCAUCGAAGGCCGCCUUGGAACUGGCCGUCUCUCUGUACCAGCUAACCUUUGACUACGCCAUCAAGACCAAACAGGAGACCCGUGUCACCAACUAUGUUCUCAGGCAGCUAUGCCUACUGCGCUGCGAGGAGCCCUUCAAGUCGGACUACAACAUCAAGAGCUGCCGAUACGCAUUGUCCGAGGCCCUCAGAAGUCCGCAGUUUGCAAACGACAACAUAAAAAAUACCUUCAACAUGUUCCUAAAGAACAUCGAUGUUUAAGCUAUAGUGGAUACAUUGCCCCGACCAAAAAGAUUAAUUACUAAUUUAUUAUUAUACGUUCCAGAUUAUAGAAUGUAAAGUUCUUUGGCGUGGUAAUAUAUCUACUUGUGGGCUUUCAAAUAAAAGGCAAACGAAA